CAAUUUCACAAGGAAAAUGGCGUCCAAUACCUCGAACAGUGAGAGAAGUUAUCAGCACUUUUCAGUGUCUGUUUAUUGGGCUCUGCAUAAAAUAGUGGGAUCUCCACACCAGGUGGCGAUGAGGAGAGAUCUCCUGGAUAUUGUCAAUAUAUUGGACAAUCAUACCAGGGCUAUUGUUGUGUCAUCUUGCAUAAGUGGAAGCAGCGGCGAAGGAUUCAGGCUUAACGAUUCCGAUGUGGAUAUCAUAAAUUGGCCAAAUAAUCAUCGAGUGAUUUGGGAUUUAUCUCAGGUCCAGUAUUACAAUGUACGAAAAUGUGGGCUAAUUGUUGCAGACAGUUCUGAUAGCCCACCAGGCUACACUUUACUCUGCUUACCAAAACUUAAUACAUGGUUAUCAAAUAAUAUUUUAUUCUCUUGUAUCAGAAUGAAUGAUAGAUAUUAUGUAUCAAGUUGUUUACACAAAGAGUAUGUGUCCUCUUUAGUGUUAUCUGCUUCUGUAAUACAUGGACCAUGUAGUUUUCAUGUUUCCAAGCAUUUUGAUUUUGAUCAUGCCAACUGUUUUGCUUAUGACUUUUGGCCUCCAUCUGCCUCUACAUGGAUAGACAGAUGUCACAGUCACUCGUGGCCAAAACCUCGUGUUGUUCAUGACAUCAUCACUAGUGGAUGUCAUGUUGUAGCAGUAGGAUACCGUCUAGGAAAUCAUCAAGACAAUGAAUGGAGGAUAUCCCUUUCGAAGGCAGAAAAAAGGCUCGUCCAUACCAUGAACCAUUGCCAAUUUUUAAGUUAUGGCUUGCUGAAACUGUUUUUAAAUGAAGUCAUAAACUUCAAAUUAAAUGAUGAAAGUAAAUUAUUGUGUUCCUAUCACGUAAAUACUGCUAAUUUCUGGAUGCUGCAAGAAAACAUUAUGUCGCAAUGGAACCCACAAAAUCUCCUGGAGUGUUUCUGGAUUUGCUUUAAGCUCAUUCUUAAUUGGGUGUAUGAGGGAGUGUGUCCAAACUUUUUUAUUCCAGAAAACAACAUGUUUUUGACUAAAAUCUAUGGACAUUCACAG